CUAAGCCCCCAUGUAAUUUUUCCUCCACCCAAUAUUUCCAGAGGUUUUAUCUGCAUUUUUCUCUCUUUGGUUCUCUUCAAGUGAGUGUAUAUGCUGUCAUGAGUGUUGAUUGUUUAUUUUCAUGUGCAUAUGUAUGGUGUUAGGAAUUGUACUCCUGGCAGCUUGACAACAUAUGGUGCAAGUGCAGUACUAACAUAAUGGAUUCGUUUUAGCAUGUACCGAUUCAUUCAGUGAUGAUAUUGUGUCAUCAUUGCCUCGGUGCCUGUGUGUGUAAGAGCGUGUAUGUAAAAUUGAUUCACGUCACGUUACACAUUUUCACACCCUACCAUUUUUGUCAUUCGUGCUCGUCAUCGUGUUCUUGUCACCGUGGGACCGAGCUCUUGGCAGCCAGUGGGUGGUUCCUUGGGUCACAAAUGUGCCCAUGGAGGAGGGGCUUAUGGGGACGUAAGAGUUAAAUGUCAUCUUCGGCUUUUUGUUGGACUGGGAGCAUCCACGGUCCGUGUAAACGAAACGACGUAAAGCGUAAAGAAAUAGAUAACAUGGUAAUUUGCUAGUUAGUGAGAUUAUUUGUAAACGGACUGUAAACCUACUCUUGUUUGUUAUAAGAGAAGAGGAACCGAUUCACAGACAAACCAUCACCACUGGCGCGGUUCCGUGAUGAGCAAGAAACCUGAACGGACCACGGCAAGCUAUUAUGUUUUUUUUUUCGUUUUGCUUUAACUUUAUAAUUACAAUGUGAUUACAUACAUUUUCUUCUGUUUGCAUUAAUAGAUACCCUAUGAUUCAGAAAUUCGUGCGAUAGCCUAUGUGAGCUGUAAACUACAAAUUUGGAAGCAGCGUUAAAAAUAUAAAUAAACGCGCUGCUCAGAUUGUAUCCCGCGAUUGCACGAUAGUCUUUGUAUAAAACCUGGGUUUUCGGUGGAGAAUUACUUUUAAAACGGACUGUUCAAUGCUAUCUCUACAAACACAGACAGUGACUGGACAUGGAUGAUUUUCGGCUUUGUGAAUGAGGCAGUGAUUUCACUCAAUCGACCCUCAAUCAACCGUGCCAACGAAGAUGUCUCUGGCCGCUCAUUCAGCACUUCAGUUCUUUGGGGAAAGCUCUGAUGGGACGACCAAAUAGGAACACAUUUCUUGUUUAACGUUUUGACACAUUGUCUGCGGAAUCUUGGCCAAUCUAGUACACUGCUGCUUUAUCUGCGAACCGCCGGUGAACUGCUACGAGCGGUGAAUGCUGCAGAGCGCUCCCUGACCAUCUCCAUCUCUGGAGCCUGAACUAGCGAAGACCCGGAAGACCACCCAGCACCUGUGAUGGAUGACUCGGGGAUUAUUCGCCGACGGCGGCUUCAGAAGGAUCUACCACUGCCACGCAAGAACAGUAGCUGCCGCAGUAGCAACAGGAAGAGUCUGAUCCUCACCACCACCUCCCCCACGCUGCCUCGCCCUCACUCUCCUCUGCCUGGCCACCUGGGAAGCAGCCCCCUGGACAGCCCUCGAAACUUCUCCCCCGGCACCCCUGCCCACUUCUCUUUUGCCUCGUCCAGACGGGAUGGACGCCGGUGGUCCUUGGCUUCUCUCCCUUCCUCUGGAUACGGAACCAACACCCCCAGCUCUACGUCUUCCAGCUCCUCUCAGGAGCGUCUGCACCAGCUGCCAUUCCAGCCCACCAUGGACGAGUUGCACUUCCUCUCCAAGCACUUCGGCAGCACCGAGAGCAUCACCGACGACGAUGGCGGACGCUGCUCUCCACUUGUGCGCCCACGGUCACGCAGCCUUAGCCCGGGCCGCUCGCCAUCCUGUUACGACAACGAGAUCGUGAUGAUGAACCAUGUGUACAAAGAGCGCUUCCCAAAAGCCACGGCGCAGAUGGAGGAGCGUCUGGCCGACUUCAUCCAGGCCUACUCCCCCGAGGACGUGCUGCCCCUGGCCGACGGCGUCCUCAGCUUCAUCCAUCACCAGAUCGUGGAGCUGGCCCGAGACUGCCUGACCAAGUCACACGAGGACAGCAUCUCCACCGUCUACUUCUUCGAGCUUCAGGAGAACCUGGAGAAGCUGCUCGACGAUGCUUUUGAGCGUUCUGAGAGCUCGGAAGUGGCCUUCGUCGCUGAGCUGGUGAAGAAACUCCUCAUCGUCAUCUCCCGACCUGCCCGACUCCUGGAAUGUUUGGAGUUCAACCCUGAGGAGUUCUACCACCUCCUGGAGGCUGCGGAGGACCACGCCAAGGAGGGACAUCUGAUGAAGACUGACAUCCCCCGUUACAUCAUCAGCCAGCUGGGACUCACCAGGGACCCCCUGGAAGAAAUGGUCAACCUGGACAGCUACGACAGCGAGGGCCCCCUCACCCCAGAGACGGAUGACUCAGCUGAGGGGAAGAUGAGAGCUAUGAAGCCCCCGGGAGAGGCUGACUUCCAGACCAUCAAGCUGAUCAGCAACGGAGCCUACGGGGCUGUUUACCUGGUGCGCCAUCUGGAAACUCGUCAGCGCUUCGCCAUGAAGAAGAUCAACAAGCAGAACCUGAUCCUGAGGAACCAGAUUCAGCAGGCCUUCGUGGAGCGGGACAUCCUCACCUUCGCAGAGAACCCCUUUGUGGUGAGCAUGUUCUGCUCCUUCGAGACACGCCGCCACCUGUGCAUGGUCAUGGAGUACGUGGAAGGGGGUGACUGCGCCACACUGCUGAAGAACAUCGGGGCGCUGCCUGUAGAGAUGGCGCGCAUGUACUUUGCUGAGACUGUGUUUGCCCUAGAGUACAUCCACAACUACGGCAUCGUCCACCGAGACCUGAAGCCUGACAAUCUGCUCAUCACCUCCAUGGGCCACAUCAAGCUGACGGACUUUGGCUUGUCCAAGAUCGGGCUGAUGAGUCUGACCACUAACCUGUACGAGGGCCACAUCGAGAAGGACACACGAGAGUUUUUGGACAAGCAGGUCUGUGGCACGCCGGAGUAUAUUGCUCCGGAGGUGAUCCUGCGGCAGGGCUACGGCAAGCCGGUGGACUGGUGGGCCAUGGGUAUCAUCCUGUAUGAGUUUCUGGUGGGGUGUGUGCCGUUCUUUGGGGACACGCCUGAGGAGCUCUUUGGACAGGUUAUCACAGAUGACAUAGUGUGGCCCGAUGGGGAUGAAGCGCUCCCUGCAGAUUCUCAGAACCUGAUCUCCGCACUGCUGCAGACCAACCCCAUAGUCCGACUCGGAACAGGGGGGGCCUUUGAAGUGAAGCAGCAUCCCUUCUUCACUGAGCUGGACUGGAACAGUCUUCUGAGGCAGAAGGCAGAGUUUAUCCCACACCUGGAGUCUGAGGAGGACACCAGCUACUUUGAUACUCGAUCAGACCGCUACCAUCAUGUGCAUUCAUAUGAUGAGGAUGACACCAACGAUGAUGAGCCUGUGGAAAUACGUCGCUUCUCGUCCUGUUCGCCGCGCUUCAGCAAGGUGUACAGCAGCAUGGAGCACCUGUGCCAGCUGGAACACAAGCCAUCAGGUGUCACCAGGAGGGAGCACAAGGCCCACCGGGAGGACAGGGUGACCAAGAGAGAAAGCCUGGGCAGCCUCACACUCAGGGACAAGACCUGGAGGACCGGAUCCCCUGAGAUGAAGCGUCUCUCCUGCUCCGAGUCCUCCUUCACUGAGAGUGAGUCCAGCCCUCCGUCUGGCGUGCGACGCCGCUUCUCUGCGCUCAUGGACACGCACCGAUUCGCCUCGCCACUCGAGGCCGACGCCGAGUUCUCCUCUCCCGUCACCCGCCAGACGGCGAUAAAGACCAGGGGCACAUCGCUGGAGGGUGCCACCAUGCCCGCCCUGUCCAGCCUGGCAGAGCUGUCGGCCACCCCGAAGGACAGCAGUCUAGUCCACGCUGGAGACAAGAUGCUCAGGCCAGCAGAUUCCGCAGUGGGAGCUGCCGUCGCCAUCGCCGCUGCCACCCCCCACCCUCCUGCUGCCUCCUCCAGGGACCUGGCACCAGGUGACCCCCUUGGGCCCCGGGCCACCAAUGACCUGGUCCUGCGGCGCGUGCGUCAGCAGCAGCAGCAGCAGCAGCUCUCGGCCGACGAUGAGAAGAAAAGCCCACGCGCGGGCACCAAGGUCAUCAAGUCAGCCUCCGCCACGGCCCUCUCAGUCAUCAUCCCAACAGUGGAGCAGCACGGCACUUCUCCCCUGGCCAGCCCCAUGUCUCCACGCUCCACCUCCUCCAACCCGUCCUCCCGGGACUCGUCCCCCAGCCGAGACUACUCUCCGGCAGUCAGCGUCCUCCGCUCACCCAUCACCAUCCAGAGGGCGGGGAAAAAGUAUGGCUUCACGCUGCGCGCCAUCCGCGUCUAUAUGGGAGACAGUGAUGUGUACAGCGUGCACCAUAUGGUCUGGCAUGUUGAGGUGGUGGGUCCUGCCCAAGAAGCGGGUCUUUGCGCUGGUGACCUCAUCACCCAUGUCAAUGGAGAAUCUGUCCAUGGACUUGUGCAUACUGAAGUAGUUGAACUCAUUCUAAAGAGUGGAAACAAAGUCACAGUGACCACCACUCCUUUUGAGAACACAUCCAUCAAGAUCGGGCCAGCACGCAAGACAAGCUACAAGGGCAAAAUGGCUCGACGAAACAAGAAGUCUGGAGCUAAAGAGGGACAAGAGAGCAAGAAGCGCAGCUCCCUGUUCCGGAAGAUCACCAAGCAGUCCAACCUGUUGCACACGAGCCGGAGCCUGUCAUCCUUGAACCGCUCUCUGUCCUCCGGAGACAGCCUCCCUGGCUCGCCCACCCACGGCCUGUCUGCCCGCUCCCCCACGCAGACAUACCGCUCCCCUCCUGAGUCCGCCUACCUGGGCACCUCAUCUCAGAGCAGCUCUCCAGCCUCCAGCACCCCUAACUCCCCCGCUGCCUCCCAGCACAUGCGGCCAAGCUCCCUGCACGGCCUCUCGCCCAAGCUGCACCGCCAGUACCGCUCAGCACGCUGCAAGUCCGCUGGCAACAUCCCCCUGUCCCCGCUGGCACACACCCCCUCCCCCACCACCUCCUCCCCGCCCCCGAUAGCGGGUCACUCGGUGGGCAGCUCCAACACCACGCAGGCCUUCCCCGCCAAGCUCCACGCCUCGCCCCCCGUGACCCGCCCGCGGCCCAAGAGUGCCGAGCCGCCCCGCUCGCCGCUCCUCCAGCGCGUGCAGUCAGCGGAGAAGCUGGGCCAGCCGCCGCCUCAGUCCUUCACCUCCUCGUCCUCCUCGUCAUCUUCUUCACUGUCGUCCUUCUCCUCUCCAUCCGUAGCGGCUCAGGAGAGGAAGGUGGGGGGGCCGUGCAUGGUGCGGAAACACGGCUUGGACGUGACGCUGCACGGCGACUACCGCCGUGAGCCGUUCCACUGUGAGUCGGCCCUGCAGAGCCUGCAGGAGAUUGAGGGGGAGAACGCGGCGGGUGAGCGCGGUACUGCGGGAUCGCCCGAGGAAUGCCCCACACCCACACCAACCCCAACACACGCCAGCGCCGGAGAUGACCUGACACUGAAGCCGUCCCGAAGGCUGGGCAGACAGGAGUCACCCCUGAGCCGGGACAGUUUCCUCACGGGCAGGGAGAAGGCUGCACCUGAGGUCACAAAGGUCACCAAGAGCCCUGUCAACAGGGAGGCUGCAACAUCCCUACAGGCUGAACCAGUCAAGGCCAAAGAGGCCUCAGCCGAGAAGCCCCAGCCCAGCCAAGUGGCAGUGACCUCAACUGCUCUAGCACCUAAGGUCACCGCUGGCGAUCGGUCCCCAUUCUUGAGCACUUCCAGCACUGUAGCCACUUCCUCCAGCUGUGGAGCCAAAACCUCAGAAAAGGGCCCAGCAACUCUGGUCACUCCUUCUCCAAGUACCCUGGUCCAAGAGCAGAAGCAGCUGACCAGUCAGGUGGUGAAGAGCACUAGUUCUCCAGCCCAGGGCCUUGACAAGGGAAAAGCCUUGGGGAGCGGGGGUCAAGCUCAAGACAAAGCCCCUACACCGAAGGCAGACACCACAGAGGUGACCAAACCAGGUAAAGGGCCAGAGACAACAGGGAAGGAUGGACCCAGCACGAAGGAAGGUACAUGGAUAAGUGAGAAACUGUCAGAAAGUAAAGCCAAAGCUCCAGUUCCUCCUGCCUCACACCCAGGCCCAGCUGCACUGAGGCCCAAUCAGGGGAAGAUCUCAGGCGCAACAAACAGCCAGCGAGGCACCCGAGAGGAGAAGCGUUUCCUGGAGGUGGUGGAGGAGCACCCUGCAUCUCCUUCUCCUACUGCUCUCUCUCCGUCAUCCAGCAAAUCACGAGCCGCUUCCCCAGGAGACAGGGCCAGUUUUGUCACCCAGCUGACCAGCGUAGCCAAAACAGUACUGGGGCCUAUGAAGCUGGGCUCCCAGGACGGGAGCAAGACCAAAGACGGGAGCCCAAAGGUAGCUGAGGAGAAGCGGGGAGGCUCGUCAGGAAAAUCAGAGACUUUGUUUGGAAGUCGACGUGGGGCCACAGGAACGUGGCCUGGUCCCUCUGGCUCAUCAAAGUCAGAUAAAGCCAAGAGCUCCUCCAAGCAUCACUGAUCACGUCAUACCAAUUCCAAAUGCCUUUUAGGAAAUUUCACAAUAUUCCACCAAGUCAGUUAAUCCUGCUCGACUACAAGAAAAACCAUAUCAUCAGGCAUUUUUAUCAUAAACGAAACAAGGAAAAGUAGAUUCAAGAAAGGUGCUUCAAUAACUGUUGUCAAAUGUGUGUGCAUAUGGUGUUAUGUGUAUGUUGAACAUCAUAGGUGUAUAUAGGAUAUAUGUAUGUUUUCUUAAUGCAUGUUUCACAUAAAAAAAAGAAUGAAAACAGACCUAAUGCUAGUGAACAUUGUGAACUCCCACUCAUCAUUUCUCUUCCACUGCCUGUGGGAACUGCAUAUCUACGGUCAUUUUUUUUUGAGCAUAGCUCGGAAAAUAAAGUAGCAUGGCCUGAGCUUUAGCGAUGAUAUCAGAUGGGCCUCAGAUGUCCACUUUGACAACAAAACGUCAUCUGUUAUAAGACACUGCAGCACAUGAGCGUUAGUUAAGGAACGAUGCAAACACAACGUGAUGGGGUCAAUAGCAUUGAGAAACAUACAAGGAAUUAAUUGUGGCUGUGAGAUAUAAUAACAGGUUUUGUAACUGUGAUUGUCUCUGAUUGACGAGUGACUCGAAAUUUCUGUGUGGCUACUGUUUGUUCGCUUUAAAAGAGCUUAUGCCUUGGUGGGUGAGAUUAGGAGUGGCAAACUUGCACAAUGCUCGCUGGAGUUGCACAUCGAUGCGUUUGGAAUACAAAAUUCCUGCUGGUCCUCAAGUCGAGUUUACGUGGUGCACAAGAAUGGGAUAUCAGCAAAGCCCUGGUGUGACCCAAGUAGAGGCCGUGAGGGGUCAUGACCCAAGUAGAGGCUGUGAGGGGUCGUGACCCAAGUAGAGGCCGUGAGGGGUCGUUGUCAAUGUUCAUAGGCUCUCAGUACAUCCUGUGCAUGCUUUCUAAUGUGAAGUCAAAGUUUGUCCGUUUAUCUCAUCAGGCUCAGUGUGCUGAAAUGAUCAGAGUGGGCAUGGUAUCAUCCAUUCAAUGCACUAUCCGCACCUGGAUUCUUGACAAAUAGACUAUUAUUGAUCUCUUCCCUGCUGUAUGCAAAGACAUCUUGUUUCUGUGGUGUUGUCUCAUAGAAAGAGAUGCUGUGAUGUUGUGAACAAUGCGUUGGCAGUCCUCAUGUGGACUAGCAAGUCAUUUGUCAUCUCUGUGUUCUAGAUUCUUUUUUCCCACGUCUGUUCUACAACCAAGCUCAAGUUGUUAGUGACAAAGAAUACCAUUCACAUUAAAUAACACAGGGCCAAAUCAGACUACCAUUGCAUAGGUGUCUUUGUGCCAUUGUAGCAGUCUCAUUCUUUUUUUGUAUCAAUUAGAGAUGUUUGUGCGAGUACUUAAUACAAAACAAAAAAUCGGAUUGGUUUCCUGUGUGCGUGUGUGUGUGUGUGUGUGUUAUAAAUUUAUGAUGUAGUAAUAGAACCUUCAGUCUAUGAUCUGUCAUAUGGAUGACAUUUCCAUCUGGGAGUCUGUUGCCUGUCUCUGUGUCUAGUUUUGUAGGCAUAGAUUCCUUUGCCUGAGGUACAGUACACUUAUUGUCUUUGUUAGGGGCAGAAGCUGUUAAAGAAUGCACUUUAUUUAUGUACUUAUUUAAUUUAAAAUUAAAUAAAUUAAAUGUUUUGUUUGUAUUUAAUUUAUUUAUUUACUUGCUCUAAACAAAGUUGUGUUGAUACCUGUAUAUGUCACAUGCACAUGAGAAUAUAAUUUUCAUUGUCACAAUAUUUUAUUAUUUUUAAAUGUAUUUAUUUGUGUGUGUGUGUGUGUGUGUGUGUGUGUGUGU